AUUUGUAAUCAAAAGUCUCGGGAAAGUACAUUGAAUUUAUUUCGAAGGAGAAAAUCGCGCAGAUUGAUCUUUGAUUGACGUUGUCAGUCUGAAACAAUGCCUUUGACGUGACAAACGGACACCCACUUCAUGCUGCCGAGGACAGUCGAACUACGUUGCUACAAACAUUCCAUCGCAUCAAUGUGUCACUGAGAGGUUUGUGGUAAUUGCAAUCACCGAUUUUUCUUUGAGGUUGGAAAAAAAUAUUUAUGCCAUGUUGGCAUUUGCAGAAGGUUUUUCAAUGAAAUAGCCGUUCAAGAGGCAGAUGCAAGCUCGUUGUAAAGUUUUCUUCUGGGCAUUAAAAAACUGUUGGGGUGUGGGAUAAAAGAAAAGAAUCCUUUGUUUUGAUUUGCAAAGGAUGCCAACAUUUGAAAUUGUUUGCGUAGGAGAGCAUUUUACUCACUUAGUUCGUGUCGGCGGGUUUAGAUCGGGCGUGAUUUUAAUGAAAGGAUUUACAGUUCUAGCAAAUUUCGUAAACAUUAAAAUGAUCAAAUUGCAAAUAAACACGACGACGGGAAGGAGCCUACAAGUAUUGAUUUGCUUCCAGUAUGUGCCAUUCAAGGGUCGACAGAUUGUGCUUACCGAAGCACAUUCAUGAACGGCUGUCUUAAAUUGCUCGUACUCGUCCAGUGUUUUUAGUUGAAAAGUAGUGAUUGCUUCAAUGAUUCACAACUGGUUGAUGCGACGGAACGUGCUUACCGAAGCACAAUCAUGAAAGUCUGUUUUAAAUUGCUCUUACUCUUCCUAUUUUCAGUCGAACAGAAGUAAUUGCUUCAAUGAUUCACAACUAAUUAAAGCGACGGAAUGUGCUUACCGAAGCACGUUCAUAGACAACUGUCUUAAAAUUCACUUUCUCGUCCUGUUUUCAGUCGCAUAGUAGUAAUUGAUUGCUUUAAUGAUUACAACUGGUUAAAGCCGAAAGUUAUCUUUAGAUCACUUUUACAAAUGCAUUUCUUGACGAAUUUGGAGUUCUAGGAAUGAUAUUUGAUAGUUUGAUAUUUACACUCCUUGAUCGCGUGAUCCUGAAUGACGUCGUUUACUUCUUUCGAACUACCCGACAUCUACUCAUAACCCUGGAUUGAGGCCAAGGGCUUAUCAAAAUAUCAUGUAUCGUGAACUCAAUAAUUUUAUUUAAAAAUAACUGGAUGUGUAAACAUAGCAAGCUUGACUUUUUCGCUGAUGCGUGUAAUAGGGCUGGAGUAAUAAAGGGGAAAAAUUUUGUCAUGAAAAAAGUAUCUAGAUGGCACAGAAACUUCUCAUGAGGCGCAUCGUGACAGAUGAUAAAGGAGAAAGUACUCACAUCUUUGCGUGACCCGAAGUCUACCACAGAACCUUGUUGCUUCGACGGUAGCUCUUCAUUUUAAAUUACAGGCACUGAACGUUCCUUGUGAAAGAGAACAGUGUGCUGCUGAUCUAUUCUUCGAUAACCACGGCAUAAUUGUACUCUCGUUUAAUAGGAUUAAAUCUUUAACAGAAUAAAUCUCGACUUGAAUGGGAAGAUGUCAGACAUAAUGAUAAAUAUGAUGGAUGAUACAAAAAGGAAAGCAAGUGUGUUGGGCAGAUCGUCUAUCACGAAACGUAUUUCAAACAAUGAGAGAAGCUGUACUCUUAAAAAAAAUGGAUUAACCAGAUCACCUCAGGCGUUCCAUUAACUAAACGCCACGCUUUCGACAUACUAGAUUAUCUGUUAUUUCCGGUCACCUGCAUAAACGUCUCAAUCAUGGUAACUUUUGCAUAGUAGCUACCGAUGCCACCGUUUCGAGAAGGACUAGAUUUCAAAAGAGCUCCGUUUGCAGCAUGAUUCUAUCAAAGCGGGGUCGCAAGCAGCUGAUGAAUUACUGUUAACAUGGUUAUUUGUUAUGUCUAAUAUAUGCCUGAGUCAUUAUUCAAAGAACACCGACACCUCGAAGUAACGUUCAUUUCAUACAUGCUGAGCAAACGACUGUGAAAAUACAUCGUUCGUCCAAUCAGAGACUAGAACAAUAGUACUUCGCAGUGGAUGGCAAAAAAAUGGCUUCCAAGUUUUGAAAUGUGUCGGUCAAUGAGGAAAAAUCUCAGUAUGUAUGAAAUAAAACCAUCAUACCAUGGAAAGUGCUUGAACGAUUUUUCUUCACUCGUUGCGAUGCAUACAAAAACUAAUUCGUUCGCUGCGCUCACUCGUUAAUGCAUCACAACUCGUCGAUAAAAAUCGUUCGUGUGCACUUUCCAUAAAAAUGAUGAUACGACGUUCUAUCUCCACCAGCUUCUAUGCACCAUCCUCUCAAUGGCAAUAGUGUGAUGAGCCACGGAAGUUUAACCGAUAAAAUAUUUUCAACGGGUAUCGCCUUCUUAGUGGUUAGGGUGUCUGCCAGUUAAUGCGCGUAACGUAACGCUGCAGAAAUAAGAGUGUUUAAAAACCGAAAUAUUUCCUCACCUGGGUAUGAAGAAUGCCAGUAAGCAUGAAAAAGUCCUGGAUUUGACCCACUUCUAUGCAGUUGAAAUGUUUCGUCCGAGCACGUAAUCAAUCAUCUUUGUCGAAUGCUCCGCUGGUGAAGGCCGUAGAAGGAAGCUCCUCGCACGAAAGCAAAAUAUCACGUGUUACCGCGCAUGCGUACUUGACUACGACUGCCUGCCUCACAACGACUCUAAAAUGAAUGAGUCGCCAGUAAUUACUCAACAAAACAUUUUCAAGUGUGUUAAAGCUUGCAGAUUUUUUCUUGACUUUGCAAAACGGUACUACGCUACCUAGAGGCAGAAGGAGAUUGAAUUGGUGAGCAUUAAAUAUUAUCGUGCUACAUUAGGUGAUUAAACACCUGCAUAGCCUCUUUGUUGUGAUCAAUGAGAAUGAAUCAGCGUUAAUAAUCGGCACAAAACCGAACCUUUCUUAUGCGACGAUGAAUAGGUACAAAUGGGUUGCUUAAGGAGCGAUGUACAACUAAAUGUAUGUCCACAUUUUCUGCCGGAGUUCCCGUGAAGGAAAUUUCGCUAACCAAAGACCCCCUGACCGAGGUCGCCAGUUCAUUCAGUUUAAGAAUUCCUAAAUCAACCUAUAUCAUAGUUGUUUAAAUACUAGAAACCUUACGGCUGCUGAAGUGUUUUAUCAGGAGGUCUUGUUAACUGAAAUAGUAGCUAUAAGUUCAUAGAUAUUUCCAGCAGGUCCCACUGACAAACUUAGCAUCAAACGCGAACAAUCAUAAAUUGUUCACAUUUUUUUUAUCAAAAAUGUGCUCAAUUAUCUCGAAAAAUCAUCCUUUUAGAGUUUAUAGCAGGCUUGUUAGUUCAUUCAAAAGAGCUUGCUGUGUUAAAUUGACAUCGACGCAUCAGCGGUACAUCAUGCGCUUACCUGAAGUAAAGCAAGUGCGAAAUUAAUUAAGAAUUGACUGUCGAGAGAUCAAAUCAUAUCCUUACCAAGUCAGAAUGCCACUAGGCAAGUUGUCUCCUAUCGGGGCUUCCACGUUGUAGAUCACGCGUACUUCACAUGAAACCAACACUCAAAAUGGCGACCCAAUUGUGCGUGCGCAGACAAAACGUGGUUUGCGCAUGGAUUUUGAAACCAUUCUGCUGGCUAACUUAGUUGAUGGUUAAUCGGUAGUGCUAACAUGAGAGGAACUGGGAUAGACAUUAGGAGGGCUCAACCGAAAAUUGUAAUUCGCUAAUAAAUCGGUACCAACAAUCGGCAAACGGCCACUUAAGGAAAAGGAGCAAGUUCUAACAAUCGGAAUGCGAUCUUGCGGAUUUGCGGGGUCAAGAGGUUAAUGAGGAAGACUUGGUGUCACCUUAGCUUAACCUUAGCGAAAAAAGUACCGGAAGUUAUACUUGAAAAAAUUAAGUUAAAGUUUCAGAGGACCCACUGCUUGCGUACAUCCUUCCUUUUAGGAAGAGUAGGAUCGAAAUCCACGUAAAAGCCAUCAUCACCGGUGACAAUCACGUUGCUGGUAUUUCAUUCAGUGCAUUCAAGCUUAUCGCCUAAUGAAAAAUAGACGCUCCUCUUUUCAAUUGACAACAUGUCGUCAUAACCGCACUCGCGUUACUUUAGAUAACCAAACAUUAUAAGAGUAUGUAAAGAUUGCAUGCUAAGCCGGACGCAAAACUAAUCUGAUGCGAAAAUUUAUCUCUGGUAUCUGUUAAAUUGAUUCCUGAGCACCAUCGAAAACAAAUGGAAACCCUUAUUGUGUUUACAGGUGGUUCGAUAAAAGGAAAUGCUUCCUGAAAUAUCGACAGAAUAAGCGUUUCUAUUUUCCUUUGUCUUGUAUAUCGCGCAAACGUUUGAGGAACCGAGUAAAUCAGUGAGAAAAUAAUAAUUCAGAUGAAACGUAACAAUUUUGAAAAUUCUACAUGAAAGCAGAAAAAUCAAUUUACCAUUAAUAGGCGCGACCCACACUCGAACGUGCGACUUCCGGGUUGCAAAGCCAGCGUUCUAACCAUUUGGCCAUGCUACUUUCUUUUAUUGCUUUGGCAGUUUUUCUUCAUGGUCACGGCACAUUUAUUACGAGUUGACUUUGCAUCGCGACCCUUCUAUCGGGUGUGCACUCCUUUUUUCUUCAGUUCCUUCGUCUGCAUCUCAUCUUUUGUGACCAAGCUCAUACAUGAAUUUUGCAAUGCAAAAAGAUGAAGUCAUUUCUUAACCCUUUACACUCUAACAUCAGUAAAAGUAUUCUCUCCAUACUGUUCUCCAUACAUUCCCUAAGGUGCUGACAAGGAGAAUUUGUGUAACAAUCAACAACUUCCUUAGCUUUUGACAAUUUCUUUAUUCUCAUGACCUUACGGCAUGUUUCAGGGGUGAUAUUGUCAUUCUUAAGGGUUAAAGGGUUGACCUGUUGUGAUUACAUUUAGGCAGAGAAACAGCAAUUGAUUUAAUCGACAUUUAUAUGUUUACUCGGAGAUUUCAAAAAGGUCUGGAGGCAGAAGAAGGUACAAAAUAUUGCUAUUGCCAAUACACUAGUUCUAUACAAAAUCAAAAUUUUAAACUGUUGUAAAGUUAUCCACUCGCCAGAUCCAAAAUUAUAUAAGGAAGCUUUAUGAUUGGAAGAGAGUGUUCCUUUCAGUUCAACGCUGACGUUUCGAAACUUCAGUAGAAAAUGAAAGGAUAUUUUUUUUCUUUCAGAAUAGUGAUAGGUGCUCUGUUCGUUGCAAGAAAUACUGAAUAUACCUACAGGAAUUUAAACUUGACACAGCUAUUCGAGGUAAGUGAAUGAUGUAGUUUUAAAUUAGAUCUAAUAUAGGUCAGUCACUAAUAAAAUAUUUUAUGUUCGUGGUGGUCCCUAAGCCUUGAUUAUUUGUUACUGACCAAGGACAAGAUCACUCGAAAAAUUACAUAUUCUUUGUGACCACCAAUAAAUAUUUUACACUAAGCCGUGUCAGCCACCGUUGUUGUAGCUUCCAAAGUUGUUCCGAUCCUAGUGAAAAUCCACUUCAAAGUAGUCAACGCAUAGCCAACUUUUCGUUUCCCCCCACGUGUUUCGAGUGUUUACUUUUCGAUAGUGGUCAUGGCUGCUCAUAAACCGUAUCGUUUCAAUCCAAAACGAGCUCCGACAAAAUUUGGAAGAAAACAGCGAUGGAGAUGGUGAAAUGAGUAAUCUUGAAACCACGGAUAGGUGUUCCUGUGGCUUACGCAUUUGUUGCCAAAUACAAGCAUAGUGGGAAACAGAACGGAUUGGAAAUUACACCGUUUCCCCGUCCCCUACCCCACCGUCCACUCUAACUCCAAAUCAAUCAUAGCCGGUCGGAUAAAGGAUCGCGAGCUUAUAACGUUAGCUCGUCCUAAUAAGAAUCCUGCACAGCAGGCUAGCUUACUCGUGACUCAUAACACCUUGCUCCCAAUAAGAAAUGAAAAAUUAUAUAACACUCGAGAAACGACUCAAAACAAACUGAGACGGGCGCACGCGCAGAGAGCAAAAUGAACUGUCUUUCCCUAAGGAUAAAUUUCAUAUUAAAAGAUGGGAAACAAAGUUCGCUUGAAAUUUCCACAAUGGAUAUGUGAGUUCCUUGAUACAAAGCUUUUCUUCAGCCAUAAAAUUGGGUUUCCAAGACAGUUUAUCGAGACAUAUUGCAUCUACCUACAAAAGCAGUAACUGCUCGGAUGAUAUGAUAUAAAGGAGAAUAACAGCUGUUGUUUCGUAUCUGAAAAUUUGUCAAAUGAGAAAAGCCAUAUUUCUACUGGUAAAUAAACUUUUUCGCUUUUUUGUAGGUUUAGACCGUAAGAAUUCCCUUGGUGGUGACCAUAGGAAUCGAGCAACACCGACAGAUGUGAACAGAGAAACGAAAAACUAAGGUGAAAAAGUUAUGCCUAUGUAAGCAUUUCGUCAUUUGUUUUGAUGGCUUGAGAGCUGAGGUGCUUAUAUUAUGUUUCGCUCUAUCAUGAAAAUUACGUUGAAUUUUGGCCAGCCUUCACAAAAGGAAAACCUCAACCUAAAAUAAAAAUUUUACAGUUCCACGAAAUCCUUUCCGAUUAUAUUUCUUAUUUUUAUUUUACCUUAUCGAUGAAUGAUUUGAAAGUACGGAGGCUUUACGAAUCUGCAUAAUUUCCAGUGCCCCCGCUGAAUCUUAUAAGGUGUUUCCCAUUGUUUACGAAUUCAAAUCAUCCAAAUCAUCGUUUUCUUUAAUAUCCAGAAUGAACUGAUGUAUUCACGAAACGAACUUGCUUUAUGAUAGAAAUAAAUAAUUAUAUUUUCCAUUUCAUUCGUUCACUGUCUUACGAAUAUCAACUUAUUGAUGAGGAAACUUCGAUCAUCUUAUGAAAUAAAUUUGGGAUUUUCUGCAAUCUGCCCGAGUAAUGGUGUGUUUUGCGCCUGGCAUUUAUUUAAGCAGAAUGUUGUCAUUUCGUCCUUUCCUUUAUUCUGGAGUUAAUUCUUCCCUCAAAACUGACCCAUCGUGAUAAAUUAGCUGUACGAUCAAUUUCUCCCGCAAGCAAUAUCGGCAUUAUCAGUUCUUUAUGAUGCAAAAAUACAGACAUGAUUAUGACGUUUCCUUUGUCGUGUAUAAACCCCAAACAGAAUUUAAUCCAUAAAAUUAUUUAAAAUAAAUCCAAAACAAAACCGAACGAAAUCUAUAACUAACUGAAAAAAAGUGUGUUAUCCUUUAGUUUUAUGCGUUACCAGCGAACACUCAAUUUCAGAAACAAGAUAUUGCUGUCAUCUCUUUACCUUCAAGAAAUAGAUAAUCGCUUAUACGAUUUCGCAAUGUUAGAGCAUGGUUUACAUGUGACUUGUUCCUUGGUCGUUGUUUUUCUAAUGAAUUCGAAGGAGGAAGUUUCGAAAUCUAGUGAACUGACACGUAUAAAAAAAAUUCGGCGCAACAGAAUUCAAUCUCACUUGCCUGCUGAAAACAGGUUUCUUAUGUACUCCUAUAGCUAUGACGUGUCUCUUGACCCUUUUCAUGAACGUAGUUUCUUUCUUCUUUUACCACGUUGUUUCUUUUACUGAAUGUUUCCUUAAAUGAAUGCACGUGGCACUUGCUGAAAACCAAUCAGAUUGUGAAAAACUGUGACGUACUUGAUACGGCACUAUUUCUACUAUUUCAUUAUUUCUAUUAUUUCAUUAUUUCAUGCCAGGAUGUAGAGAUUCACACUAACCCUCGAAAUCUGGGAAUUGUCCUCCAUAAAAUAAACGUUUUUUAAUCUCGUUUAAAGGAUACUUUUUAUAUCACUAUUUUUCAUGUUUUAACUGUUUUAAUUUUGUCUUUUUAUCAAUAGAAUUGUAUUAAGUUAAAAGUCCUUUUUUAAUGUAAACAAUUGACAUCGAAAAGCACUUUGGCGCACUAGAUGAACCAUAAACAAACGCUUUUUGUGAUAAUUAUCACGCGACCAUCCAUACAUAAACCUCAUUUUUUUUCAUAAAGUUUAUCUGGAUAAAAGAGUCAGAAAGAAGUAUUUCGUUCUUAUUUCUUCUAUACAAACAGAAGGUCAAUUACGUCAACCUAAAAUAUUUGCGCAAUAAUGGCUUUUUCCAGAAAUAUUUUUUUUCUGCUAGAGGGAUCGACGAGAGUUGCAUUUUACCACAGAAGUAUCCUUCAAUUUUGCCUCACAUUUCUCAGUAAUGUUUGUUAUCCUUCCUUACUCGAACGUAACAAGAAACACUGUUUGAUAAAUAACAAAGCCUUAAAUGGACUCUGUUCUGUUGUAAAGCACACAGGAAGCGGCUAGAGUACGAAGGAAGCGUGCUUUAACGCAUCUUAGGAACAAGUCUAUAGGAAUCAAACAUCUUGGGAAAUGAAAAUUUUCAACCCCCCUUCAAAUUUUGCAUGCAGUUAGGCACUCAGGGGGAAUGCACAAAAAUGCCCUUGUUAAAGGUCGCACGAACUCCUGUUGCCAUGGUAACAACGGUUGCUUGUUCGAGGCCUAGGGCCUCAUUUUCAUACAAAAACGUCGCAAAAAAAGAGUGAAAUGUUUAUUUCUCUAUCUCAAGCUAAAUACAUUACAAAUUGGCACUUCUACCAUACAUACUGACAUCAUUCGUCUUCAUAUUGAUACAUUUAAUUUUCCCUGGGAGUGAAUAUGAACACACCAAUAGAUUAUUUAUCUCAGUACAGUUUCGGUCAUUUUUGUUGUCGAGUAAAACAGGGAAGAAGUUCAUCUGAAUUUAUCCAAAAGUACAUUGAUUCUGGAACUGAAACUAUCCACCUAGCUGGUUAUAAUAUUCUAGUUUUUAAAUAUGUAAAAAUCUCUGCGGGCCUGCCUCUACUUUCCAUAGGGGCAAUUCGCGAACGAAGCUCAGUAUCAGAUAUUGCAUAAUUUGGCGAUGUUUACAUCUAACGUUCUCAACAACAAAUGUUUCAGACAAAUGAAACGCGCGAGGCUUUGAAAGAAUGUUAUCUUAUGAGCAAUAUCCCGAAGAGAAAUCUCGCCUCUGAUUGUCAUCUUUUGAAAAAAAUUCACCAACCUUCAUGGAGGACUACUCGACGUAACUACAAACAUAUACCUCAAAUCGUUUGCAUAUCAUCCAGAUUCCGAGUGCUGUACCUUCUUUGAUGGGAAUUUGAGCGAUCCGAAAUCCUCUUAAGAUCACUGUUAUACUUGUAUGUCAUUUAAAACAUGUUGAAGUCGGCCGAUGUACACGAAACUAUUCUCACACCGGUCAUUUGUCAUAAACAUGUACAUUGUCACGAUGGCGUAACGCUGUAUUUCUCCAUGAAGUUUCCAUCGGUCGCCCCAAAGAAGACGAGAAAUGGACAUUUUUCGAUAUAUCAGCAGAUUUCCGCGCAUUCUAGGUGAAAACAACAAAAAAAAAAAGAAGAAAACCUUAAUUGAACGCUCGUAAACGACCGGACGACCACGACCAUGAUCACAGUCGCUCUGACACCAUCAUGAUUAAUAUGAAUUUUAACUGGUAUGCCAGUUGGGCUAUAUUUUUCAUCAUUCCUCUUUUCUGUUUUGUUUCGAACACGAAACUUUAUGUAUAUUAUACGAGUGUUAGCUAUGUCAUUUGCAAUUAACAGAGGCAUAUUUCAUAUAAUGCUUAUAAAGUAGAUAAUAACUUUACGUUGUUGCUAAAACAACACUCCAUUCUUGGUUUUUUAUUUGACUGCUCUAUAAUUUUUCACACGUGCGUUUUGCAUAUAUUUCUCUUUCAUGCAUUAACUCCUUACUUUCGAGAGAAAACCAAUUUUUUUCAACCAAAGAACCUCUUUAAUACAAGCGCCAGUUUAUUCAUGUCAGAUAAGCAGUCUGUCGGUGCCUGUUUUACUUUUUCUUUUUUUGAUGCAGAACAUAUGUUUGUUUAACUUUCAUAGCUUACCCUGGUCAAAAGUGAUUCGAGACUAUUAGUCAAGCGAAGAGGAUUUCUGUCUAUAGGCAGAGUUUAUGACCUUUCGACCUUGGUGUUAGUUCAUCCAUCCUGAGAAAUAGACGGGAAGAGAACAAAAAAAAAAGAAGAGAAUGCCUGGAUAUCCUCUGGCAAGUCUAGACAAGAAUGUUAUAGACGCUAAGUACUUCUGCAGCGCUUGUGGGUUCCUACUGAGAGAGGCCAUGCAGACGAGCUGUGGACAUUUCUAUUGCCAAUCUUGCUUACCAAGUCUUAUUCAGUAAGUUUUUCGUUAGAGCCAUAUUCAAUUGAGUGUCGCAAGUAAAACGAGAUUGUCUUGAUUCUGCUUCACUAAGCUCUGUGAUUGACCAAAAAUAUAAUCACGUCAGUGCCAUGGCCACAUAUCCAUAUACCCAUUUUCAUACUACCAACUUGUCACUCGUGUUUCACCGCCCUCAGAAAGGGUUGUUUGGAUUUAAAAAAAAUCCAGGGUCUCUUGUGAUACUGAACUUCGUUCUGAUGUGCAGUUUAAAUCACUUCGGUUUCGGUAUUUCGACACUCAAGCGAAAUGCGUUCUAAGUCUACUUUGAUAAACAUUUGGCAAUAACCUCUUCCUAAAGCCUAGAAGGGAAAUUCAUGGUAAAAAAUUUCUGGGAUGCUGCGCCAGACAGAGUGAAUUAUUUCACUUUAGGAGGCAGCAAUUACACAAACAUAAGUAUAGAAUAAGGUAAGGAAAACUGUCACUAGGUGUCAGCAAGCACUUUCUUACCAAAAAAUGAACACUUCAGGGGUGUGAAAGGGAGAGCUUUUUGAAAAGAAGGGUAUAUGGAAGGAUGAGAAUUAGGAAUUCGGGGCGGAGAAUCCCUGUACAAAAUGAUUAACCAAUAGACAUACGAUUUUCCAGUGUCUAACAGGGGCGUUGGCUUUGAAAACGAAAAACAGUAAUGUGUUAUUCUGGAAAAAAAGCAAUAUUUCAGGUACAAGAGAUCAUGUACAGUUUAUAAUCUCUGCUCAGGUAUUAUUUUUCUAAGAUUACGGUUGUAGCGACAAAUUAAAACACUGUCUUUGUUUUGUUCGUUGUUUUCUGAUGGAGCUUUCUCUUUGGCUGAUUUUGCGCCAAACCUUCACUCCCUGAGAGAUAGUGCUACUGUACAUGGUCACAUAACUGUCUAUGAAACAGUUGGAUAGAGGACUAUUUCCUUACUAAAUUUGUUCUGUAUAUUUUAUUCUGCUCCGUUGUGAUGAACAGAAUACCUUGGCUAUUAUUGCCCCUAAAGUUUUGUUAAUUUGAUGAUACUACUCACUAGUAAAACAAAAUCUUACCUGGCAAUAUAAUUUCUGUAUGCAUCAGCCUCCUGAAGAUAAUGACGGCUAUAUGCGAGUGGAACAAAUUGAAGUCUUAUGAUUAAAGCUGUAAAUAUUACUUGAAAAGCCUUACGUAGUUCACUCGCACCUCAAUUCACUCCAUAAGUCACUUUCCAGAUUUAAUCCACUUCCCAUACAAGAAAAACUUCUACUUUUCUCCGAGACGCAACCAGCUAAUUCUUAAAAGGAAAGAGCUCCUGAUACCUCAAGUAAUUUUUUUAAACCCUAAGGAAAUAACAACUAAGUAAUUCUUCUCCUCAUUACAGGAUAUAUUACUAACAAAAAUGCACUUACACGGUAGGUUUCACGCCGUCCCUGCUCUCCGCCAAUAUAUCAAGGGGAUCCAUGUUGCUUACUGGCUGAUAUAUCUGUCUCUGGAUCCAGGGUCCCCUCCUCAACUUCACCCCUCAGUUACCCCCUCUACCAUUUUUCCGUCAGUGAAUUCAGGGAAUUCUAGUUGUAUACUGGCUGUCGGACCUCCCUCUGAGUCUAAAUCCCACUCCAUUCCCGAUGAUUAAUCUAUGGAGUUUUGUUAUGUCCACCAUGACCGAGCCCUGUAAUGAAGAGGAUGUCUUUCCAAGCACAAACAAGAGUCGCAUUUUUCCUUCAUUCCAGUAAAAACGAAUUCAAAUAUGGACUCUUACCCCAUAAGCCUGCAAUAAAACCGAAGGUCCCCAACUGCAUAGUGGCAGUUACCUCCAUCCUUCCACAAUUCAGUUGCAGGAAUUCCCCAAUUCAAUUGACGAUCAAGUGUAAAUUGCAGCCCCUGAAAAAAGAGAGAAAAGUCUCUAAUGAAGCAGUAUUCAAACCGCUGCACUCCCCUGGAGUCAAACUAGGGAACAUCGACUAGAUUCUGGCUUUAAGCCUUGUCUUCCAAUGGUUUGGUGAUAGAUACGAUGACUCAGCGUAAUGGUAGUGCCAGGGCACUCCUGCAUGGAAUCAACCCGAUUCCCUUGACCUCCCUCUCCCUAACAGUUUUCACGGGGUUUUCUAGAUUCCAUAAAGUUAUACGCAUGUAAUGGUAAAGAGGUAAAGUUUGCUUAUCGGCAGAUGGGUGGAAGAAAUUUCGCCGAUAAUAGCUAUUUUCGGGCGUUUCAUCAAAUUGUAACGCCAAAAACUUAUCUGCAAUUUUCUCUCCUUGUCCUAAAAUUGUCAGUCAUACCAUUUAUUUGGUAAUCCAGGUGUACAUCUCAACAAAACUCACUGUUUUUCAACUUUUGCAUUAAUGUCAAGUGUCAUUCUUUCAUCAGGACUCCCUUACUCAGACUUAUCGGCCUCUACCCAGGGGGUUUUGCCCCAUGUCCCUGCAUGACCUAUAAUAAAAUUUUCGAUCGGAGCCAAUUAAUUAGUUUUUACAGGGAGAAAACGACUGAUUACCAGCAUUAAGAUAAAAACUUAGUUAAGCAUCUACUAAGGGAAUAACUUCUCCCCAUUACAAGAAAGAUCACCGUCACUUGCACCAACAUCACAGUUGACAUUCCUAACCACUUUUGCUAAUGAAAUUGGUAAACGAUAUUUGCAUGCUGACUGUUAGGCAUGUCCCAGUGGAGUUUGAUGAUAGCCACCAUGAUUGAGCCCAUCUCUCUCCUCCCCCCCCCAUUCUACAAGAAUCUUCUGUUUGAACUGCACUUCUGCAGAAUGCCUCUUCUACCUCUUCUGUAUCCAGGUGUUUAAUCCAAUGGCAAAGGUGUAUCAUGAAAAUUUUCUUAACUUUUCCUACCACUGAAUAUAAAAUGACAAGGAAGGCUUACUUCAGUAAUACAAGAAAAUUAACAUUACGAACAAUCUUUUCACUAGGGACCAGCAAACACUUGUGAUGGUUUGCUUGAAGGACCAAACGAGUCUUCAUCAGAACGAGGUAUGUUUAUUAAGUAAUCAUAAUCUUGUUAUACUUGGUUUUCGCCCGCUCCGAUGGCACCAAGGAUUUUCUCAAAGUCCGAGUGGAAAGCUCUUGUAAUGGACUUUACCACUGUUACGUCUUCGCUAGACGGGUGUUCCAUUACCUCUGGAUUCCUUUACAGCACAUUUAUGGUAUAUAUGUUUUACAGGUUUUUCCAGACAAAUUUAUGCGUCGUGAAAUACUUGCUCUCGUCGUUCACUGCACUUUCAUGGAGGAUGGGUGUGUUUGGAAGGGAGAAGUGAGAUAUUUAGAGGUAUGUAAUUUUUUGGUAUCCUUGGAUAGACAGUUGUGAUUCUUCAAGCAUGGCGUGUACAUAUUUUCGCAUUUAUUUGAUGAUUACAUGAAGCACGUUUGCAUCCAUUCGUACGCAUCGUUGAAACUUUUACAUUCAUCCCCUUCACGUUUCCACCGUCAGCUAACAUCCAUUGUAAUAAGAACAAGUCACACUUGACAUCUCAGUGGCUGAAACCUUGAUUCACUGGUCUAGAGACACAUUCAGUUUAGAAUUUUAAUUUUAAAUUUCCUUGCGAAUCGUUUAAAGAUCGCGUAGUUGUACGUGUGUCUGCCUCGCCUGAGAAGACAAUGCUAUUAUUCUUCAUACUAGCUGUCACAAGGUAUGUUUUUUUUAAGGGGCCUUAAAUCUUAGAGAGCCAUCCACAUAUUUUUAUCCCUUCGCCGAGUAGCAUUGACUGGAUGCCAUGUACAGCCUCCCUCCCCAUCUUUCUUUAUCGCCUGCAUGGAUUAUUGUAUCACAACAUUGCUGUUAAUUGAAAUGGAGGAAUUGCCAAUUUCAGCAACGUUACGAUAUCUAUACUUAUUAAAUAGCAUAAGGCUCAAUGCUUGUGAUAAUGACCAAACAAAAGCUCGAACCUUUUUUCUUUUUGGCCUGAGCUAGUUAGUGUUACUUUGCUCUUCUGAAGCUGACGGAAAAAUUUCCAGAGGACUCGCAUAAUAUGGGUGUAUCUUGCCGUGAGCGGUCUACUUUCCUCUAAUGCUCUUUCAAUCUUUAUUUGCAACCCUCCACGGGGUUCCAGGGACUAAGGUGAACGCACGCACACGGCACGUUAUAACACGCUCGCACGCUAAUGGCAUGACACGCUUACCGUGCAGAUAUGCGCGUAAAAACAAUUGAUUUUGGAAGGCGUGUUGUAGCCAUUGUUCAUAUCUAGCUAACACGGAAGAGCUUUGUUUCCAUAACACGCUAGAUUUUUUUUCUAACACACUUAGUUCCUUUGUUCCUUAACACGCAAGCUUAUCUUGUACAACCCAGCUUACUUUGUAAGUUGUGUUUGUCAGAUUCCUAAUAAACUAUUGUGAGAAUGGUGUUUGUACAGAAUAAAAGCGAAAACGAAGGUCUUCUGUCCUAUCCGAAAGUUGCUAUAAAAAACGAAAUUUUCAUGGAAAAUUACGGCUCUUUCUCAGUGAACACAACGUGUUUCACAAGGUCCAGAGGAGCUCAGUUUGAACACAUGAAUUACUUUUUUUUAACUUAACUCUUACCUCGUAAAAUAUAAAUCCUUAUCGCUUGACGCAGUUAAUAAGCCCAGUACCGAAUCUUUGUGAAUCCUUUAGCAACAGAUUUCCGGCUCCAUGUCCCCUACGCGGUUGCAGCUCGUCACUCUUGCAAACCGGCAUUUUUAAAAUAAAUAACCGCUUGUUAGCCGGCGCAAAAAGAAGCUUUCCAAGCGAAGCCGCGUAUUAAUUACUGUACGCUGUUCUUGGCAUCUUACGAGCCCCUAGUCUUUAGCACUGCGAUCUAUACCUUGUGUAACGUAACUGCAACGAGAGGAUAAUAAAAUUAAAAUUGUCGAAGGUAUUAACAAGUUUCUUAGUUUGCAAACCGAGCAACCUUUAAGUUUCUCCUCUGGAUGACGCUACCACUGCACCACACAGACUGUCGUACUUGUCGGUUUACAAAUUUAGCUACAUAAAUAAAUAACGCCUAGGAGACUAGCAGAACAGACAAACACGGUGAGAACACAGUUCACCCUCAACGAAGUAGCCAUUUGCUUUGCAUCAUACAGGUUCGCUCUUAUUAUUUUGAAAACUUGUACAAGGCUCGCUGCCUUCAAAAGUUCAUGCACGAUCUCAAGAGUAGAGGACUUUGCUCGUUCGGUCCGUGUUUUGCAAGCUGUUUUAAGAAAAUGAGAAAUUCGAAAAUAAAGGAAAAAUCAAAAAGUUUUAAAUGAUGGACAACAAGUCGAGAUAAUCCUUUAUGUUUGGCGAAUUGGUUGCACUGGAUACUGAGUAUCGUAUAUCGGCUGGGCGUAUUGGUGAGCUAAAAAGCCUUAAAGCUUAGGACGUACUUUUUGUACAAAUCGAAAGCAGCUCUAACUUUAAGAAGCGUGUUAAAAAUUGGCACGGUCACCGUGUUAUAUCGUGCAAAGUCGCGAGCAAGAGCUUAACACGUUCCUUUGUUUCUACCUUGCGAAGCAAGAUAAUAGCUGCGAAGUUGAUGAGGCAAGUAACCUACACGCGGCUAACGUGUCAAAAGCUCGCUCUGUUGUUCUGGGCGUGCUAGAGUACCGUGAGCGCGCGUUCACCUUAUUCCCUGAAAUCCCGUAGAGAGUCACAUUUAUUACUUUAUUAGACAACAUUUUUCUUCGGUAUUGUUCUUAUUGUUGACUUACAGAGCCAUAUGAACUCAUGCGAGUUCCUGAAGAUACCCUGUGUACAUCCUGAGUGUGGCAUGCUAGUAAAAAAAUCUGAUCUCACUUCACAUUUGGAAAACGAAUGCAUGUUCCGACUGGAGAAGUGUACAUUUUGUCAAAGACAGAUAGUCUUGUUCAGGAUUAAGGUAAAUCAUUUCGAACAUUAUAGAACCAAACUCACUCUCUGCUCUCUGCCUAGCUUUCCUCGUGAUCGGUGAUUUAUUAACCAUCCCGUUGAAUAUAUAAACCUCCACUUAUCAAGGGGUACCGAUACUUUUGCAGGCACCUUUUACAUAGCACUUGGUGUUAUGUAUCUUCAUUUAAACUAUUCAUUGAUGAUUUGUAGAAUCUCACAAUCUAAGUGGUCUCAAGGUGAUUCUCUGACUGACUGACUUUAGAGGGAACUUGAACUCAUCCUGUAGUUCUAUUUCAAUAAUUAACGGUUUGAAGUAUGAUUGCCACGGUUGUCCAUGUUGGCUUAUUGUGACUAAAAACAAGAAAGCCUUAGGGCCUAUUAAACUUGGGUACCACUUCCAAUUAGAUUUAUAGGUUAAUCUUCUUAUGUUACAAUCCUUCAGGGUACCUUCCUCAAAAUUGCUUUAAAGGCCCCCCUACCUUCCAAACUGGGUACUCAAUAGAGAGAGUAAGAUCUUAUGCCAAUCGUUUUGCUCAGGAGUUUUCUUUGGACCCCAAAAAUACUUUUUAUCGGACUAUUUUGCGCCGAUCGAUUUGAAACUUCAACAUCUCGUCCCCGGGCAACUCACGGGCAUUUGGUUGUCACCCGUACCAGGAGGGGGGUUUGAGGAAUUUGAACUUUACCUGGGUAGAGUAAGGCAUUCGAACCGAAAGUAACAAAUAUUUCUAGCGUAAUACACGUGUUUUAAUGGAGGAUUUUUAAGGUAAAGAGUCUGCUUCCGUGAGUGAAUGGCCUCGAGGACAAUUUUUAUAUCGUGAAAUGAUGCUUAUUGACGAAAACCUCAAAAGCAGUACCAAAAACUAAUAUGUGACUUUUCUAAAUUCACACAAAGAAUCGUACAAUAUUGGGCGGGAAUUUGAACGAUUUAAUUUUCAAAAAUCCAAAUGCCCCAGGGUUUGCCCGGAGAGGGAUGUUGAAGCUCCAACUUGAUCGAGUUGAUCGAGUCGAAUACUUACAGUUGUAAGUAUUUGCACUUUUAUUCAGCAUUUUUUUGGAUCAGUUCUUUUUUAAGUGAUCCACUGAAGUCCGAUAUGUCGAGCCCCUCUUGAUAAGACCAGGGCUUAAUUCUUUACAUUGUAACAAAAAUUAAGGGGACACCGCACUCCAGAGAGGUCCACUGUUGCAUAAUUUUCCACGAGCACCUCCUAAAGGAGACGGAUGAAAUAAUGGUCAUUCUUAAUUAGUUUAUCAAAAAUAACUUAGAACCACACAUUGCUCAGCCAAAUAAAAAUGCCAAUGAGGCAAUUUUUUAAGGACCUGAGGACCUCAAACAUACGUCACAUAGGUUUAAAAAUUGCUUUCUCCGUCAUCGAUAUGGUAGUUUGUUAAAACUUAUAUUUUUUUCUACAGCAACACCAGGAUACAGAGUGUCCUGCAUAUCCAGUUACGUGUGAAAAAUGCAAUAAAGAUGGAAUUCUUCGAGGCAAAGUAAGAACACGUACCUUCUGAUAAAAAAUGUUUUGUAAUAAUCCUAAGGUAAUUCCUAUACAGCAUUUAAAAACAAACACAAAGGCAAUUAAACCUUUUGUAUGAUUAAAGGAUUCCAGAUACCAACAAUUUGGCCAAUAAGAAAUAAUUGAAAACAAUUUUAAAUAUUGUUAUUGGUUGUCAAUUGCUUUAACUCUUGUGCCUCAGACCCUAUUUUCCAUUUUUAUUAAUUAUUUUAAGAGAUUUUGGGGCAUCAUUAGGGGAAUGUGGGUUUUCUGAUAGCUUGCUAACUCUUCCACUCCCCAGAUCUCACCGAGAUGUCAUUAACAAUUCUCCCUGCUGCCUGCCAUAAAUUACUUAUGAUGUCAGUUGGAGAAUUUGGUUGCGGAUCAACUUGUAGUUCCCUAAUUGAGUUUUCUUCUUUAUUCUCGACACUUGUAUGCUUGAUACUGUAUUGAUAAUGUAAAGAGAAAUUCCGUCUUGAUCACUCUUGGGAGUUAAAGGGUUAAGCAGUGAGCGACCUCUCGGAAUUCGGUUCAUAGAAUUCUGUUCAUAAUGGGGCUCUGUGGCAACUGAUUUAUGCACCAGCAUUUAAUGAGACUAUGUCUAUUAGUCUGCUUUCAUGGUGUUACCAUCUGCAACACGCCACAAAAAAAUUAGGAGCACAGCCAGCUUUAAAUCUUGAAUGAAGCGAAUAAUUGAAAAAGCUGUGUGAUACAUGUAAGCAAUCUUACCUUUCGUAUGUACAGAGCAGCAGAGAUAGGGAGGGGAGGGGGUUGGCUUAAAUGUGCUCAAGAAGACUUUAGUCAUCCUCAUUCAAUACUGAUCGACUGCUUCUAUGAUCUGGACAUGGGGAGGGAGAAGAAUGGCUUAGCAUUUUUUUUUUAGGUCAUAAAUAUUACAGAAAGUUGAAUUAUUUUAAAUUCGAGAUCUAACGUACAGUAAAUGGGGAUAAAUAGAGGCCUGCUUUGCAUUAACCGUUGCAAAAAAAUGGUAGUUCUGUGACUAACUUGGGCUUUGGUACGCUUGAACAGUUAUGAUUAAAUUUUUUUAUUCUUCUGUUUGAAGUUGAAAGAUCACCAGAAUCCUCUCCUGGGCGACUGUGAAGCCGCACUGGGACCAUGCCCCUUCUCUCAGAUUGGCUGCCCGAAAACGGAUGUAAGUACACACUCGAAUUUUGUGACUUAAACUAUUGUUAGUUAUUCUAUUAGUACUUAACUAAUAUUAACGUAACAUUUUCACAACACACCUCUAUAAAAAAAGGUCCUCAAUAAGGCCCUAAGCAAUCAGAUAUAAACGAGAGCAUUUACCAGGUACGAGCAGCAGUUGUGUUUACUUUAUGUGUCGAUCAAUUCGAAGCUUCAACAUCUCCCCCAGGCAAACCCCCGGGUAUUUGAACUUUUGAAGAUUAAAUCGUUUUCAAUCCUCCCUCCUCCACCUAGUUCAAAAUUGCGCUCAAAUGCGCCAUCCAAUAUUGAGCGAUUCUUUGUGAGAUCGACAAAUGUUUUAGAAUUAAGCAAAGUCACGGAUUAGUUUUUGGUGCUGCUGUUGUGUUAUUUGCUUGUAAGCGUCAUUCUACAGUGUGAAACAUGUCUUUUUCAUCCAUUUGCCUACGGAAGCAGACUCUUUACCUCCAUUAGAACACGCGUAUAACGUUGGAUAGACUCGACACUUCCGGUUCAAAUUCCUGACCCCACCCAGCAAGGUUAAAGUUCCCCACCUCCCGGUACGGACGAUGAUCAAAUGCCAGUCGGUUGUCCGGUGGGGGAUGUUAAAGCUUCGAAUUGAUCGGCGCAUUACUCGAUAAACGCAAUGCAUUUGUCGUAGGCAGAGGAAAAAGAGAUAAACUCUGCAGCCUUUUAUAGAGCCUGAAACUAUAUCGCUCAUUUCCUCAGGGGACAGAGCUGGUGUGGCGGAGAGUUGUAAGUUCGACACCAGUCGGGAAUGAAAAGUUUUGUUUGCAACGUACGAACAUUUGAAUGAGACAAGACACUAAGCAAUUCAUCACGCAGUCACAAUAGGGAUUUCGAAAUUAAAUUUAUUGCUAUGGAAAAUGAGUCAGGCUGCUGACUCUCAGGAUAUUAACUAAUUUGUUGUCGCAGUCAACUGUUCGGUAGCAUCUCAUAGUGAUGCAUUGUAUCUUCUGCGAUCUGACAGGUUCUAAACCAAAAGGAAAAGAAACAGCAUUUGGAGAAGGCAAAUGCUCAACAUACUGUUCUGCUGCUUCAGUUUGCAAUUAAGAUGAACAAAGAAUUGGAGGCCACUCUUACCCGUGACCCGCGGAUUGCGUCCAGAAACCCUCAACUUUUGACAAACCACGACAGUCUAAUCCAAGAUCUACAGAAUCAACUACAGAUCAGAGCUGACGACCUCAGAAGCCUUCAAGGUAAACUACAAGAAAAUAGUGGCCGCAUAACUACUUUGGAGCGAAAGUUGGCAUCAGGUACUGUCUCUGGGGCACCAUCGUCGGAACAGCGAGUUCCAAAUGACGCCAGUUCAUCAAGUGAUGAGUAUACAAGGAGAGUUACAAAUAUUGAGAACAGGACCGCUGACCACGAGGUUCUUCUAGUCGAGAACAAUCGCACUAUGGAGGAAGUUAGACGUGAUGUGGGUAACAUUAGAAGGCAACUUGACACCACCCAGGAGAGCACCAGAAGGCAUGACCGAAGGAUUGAAUCUAUAGAGCACACACUGGCACUCAGAAAUGUAACACUGGCUGAUUUGGAGGAAUACGUAAAACAGCAAGAGUUCUCAAGCUACGAUGGCCAGCUUUUGUGGAGGAUUUCUGAUUAUGCUCGCAAACGAAACGACGCAGUGACGGGACAGCAAGUCUCCUUCUAUAGCCCGUGUUUCUUCACUAGCCGCUAUGGCUACAAAAUGUGCGCCCGCAUUUACCUGAACGGGGAUGGAAUGGGUAGAGGAACGCACAUCUCGAUCUUCUUUGUGGUCAUGCGCGGUCAGUAUGAUGCACUUCUCCGUUGGCCAUUCAGGCAGAAGGUCACCUUCAUGUUACUGGACCAGGAUAACGUGGAACACGUGAUUGACGCCUUCAGACCUGAUCCGAACAGCUCAUCCUUUCAGAGGCCAAGAAGAGAAACAAACAUCGCCAGUGGGUGUCCAAUGUUCUGCUCGCUUGCUGAGCUGAAUAAUCACGCAUAUGUUCGGGACGACACCAUGUUCCUAAAAAUAAUUGUAGAUACUUCUGAUUUGUAG